AUGUUUAUUGCCACUGCUAAAUCAACUAUAGGUACUACUAUUGUCAAACGUUCUAUUUAUACGGUCCCGAAGUUAAUAUUACCGUCUUCAUGUACCAAUACAACCAGUUCUACUGCCCCAAUUAUACCAAAUGUGUACUCUUCUCUCGGGUUUCAAACUGUAUGGACAGAUUACCAAAAAUACUUAUGUGAUCAAUUAACUUUAGUGACACAAGGCACUAGUUUCGAAAAUUAUUUGCCAUACCAUCUGAUUUUAAAAAGUGCAAAAACUACUUUUAACACUCGUAUUUUCAAUUUAGCAUCAGCAGUUCAUAAUAACCAUUUGUUUAUUGAAAAUAUUAUUCCUAACCAAAUUUCCUCUGUUACUAACGACAAAAUCCAACCCAGUCGUGUUUUUAUUAAAAAAUUGCAAGAUCAAUACCAGAAUCCAAAUUUGACCUGGGAAGAUUAUAAAUUAGAAAUUUUGAACAAAGUUGAAGAAAACUUAAAAAGUGGUCAGGGAUGGGUUUUUGUAGUAGAAGAUUUCAAUAAGAAGUUGCAUAUUUUGACUUGUAAUAAUCAUGGCACUCCAUAUUUUGCGCCAAGAAAUCAAAGUGUUGACCUAAAUGGUGGUGUUAAUAACCAUAAAGAUUAUGAACUGUUAAAUGAAUUAAAAAAUGAAUUGAGUAGAAGUGAAAACAAGGUUUUCAAGGAUUGGACUUUGCCUUUGAUUGUUGUUAAUCUAUUUGACGUUGCAUAUUUACCUGAUUACGGUGUUGCUGGUAGAUCCAAAUAUUUAAGCACCAUUUUGGAUAAUUUGAAUUGGGGGGUUGUUAAUAAAAGAAUAUUUCAAAAUUAA